ACCAGCCUACAGAAGAUAUCGCGAUUUUGUGGAGUGUGAGAUUUGAGAAUCGAGAUUCUCUGCUUCCGAGAACUCUGUAAUUCGACCAAAAAACAGAGCUUCGGGCUCAGAUAGGCACGGAGAGAGAGGGAAGACCCAGUUCGUCUCCUGUGGCAUUUUGUGUGCGGAUCCUGUGAACCCCAUCAAGGAAAAUCACCUAAAGCGGCAACAUUUAGUCCCUGAGUGUUGACCGACAAACGGAGAGCGCCAUUUCGGAGAUGGACGAGGAGGGAAUUGGGCUGGUUUUGGCUCGAGCCACGGAGCUGAGGCUGAACAUCACCAAUUGCAUCCACAGAGCCACCAGCAAUGGAGCAAUGCAGCGGCAGGAGGAGGGAGUCAAGGAAGCAGAGGAGGAAGGCGAAGAAAUGGAGAAACUCCUUAACAUCUGCGAUGCCCUCGAAGCCCUCGAGUCUCAGCUUUCUUCUCUUCAGGCUAUGCAACAGAACCUGAAGUACGAGAGAGAAUCAGCUCUAGUGGAGAUCGAGAAAAGCCGCAAGGCACUGCUUGAUAAGCUGAGCGAGUACAAAGGGAAGGACUUGGAAGUGAUUCAAGAAGCAACUGUCUUUGCCAGCGAGACCGUUGAAGAGGGCAAUGAUCUCCUGCUCCCACCCUACCCCACACGCCCUCCUCUUUCUCUUGAGAAUGGGUUCCCCUCAAAUUCCAACCCUACUCUCAAGUCCUCUUUACGGAACGGAGCUUACAAUUUAACAAAGAAGAACCAGCCUGAUCAUGAGAAGAGCCCUGGAGGAGGAGGGCUCGGACAUGUAAUGGCUUCAGUGGCCAGGACAGUGGUUACACUAGUGGGUGUGGUAGCGAUAUUGGGUUUUGCAGGCUUCGGGAAUAAGACAAAGGGAAAACAUUUUUCCCCUUUUGGAGCUGUGAACUCUAUCCUUCGACCGUUGAGCAGAGGGGGAGAAUCGGGUGGUCCAUGCCCUCCAGGGAAAGUGCUUGUAGUGGAGGAUGGGCAGGCCAGGUGCCUCGUGAAAGAGCGAAUCGAAGUUCCGUUCGAGUCUUCUGUCUCAACACCGUAUGUAAACUACGGGUGUGGUUGAUUAUUAUCCUCGAGGCUUUUACUUUACAUUUUGCCUAUAUAUGUUGUGUAUGAGAAUGCUUGUAGUUGUAUCCAAUGAUCCACCUCUUUUUCACAUGUUUCCCUUUUGAGGAGGUUUGCAUUUGCGAUAUGUGAUUAUACUCGAGAAAAGAAGUCGCUCGGCAUUGUGUUUUAUUUUC